AUGAAGGAACAAGAAGAAGACCAAGAAGCAGAUAAAAAUCCUAACAAUAAACAAAACCAAACCAACAAAUCAAACAGAAAUCAACAAAUGCAUCAUUAAAGAUUUCUUCAGAAGCUUCCUUUCAAGCAUCAAGGAGGCAACUCAACUAUUUUUGUUUACCGUUCUUCUCAAGGCGAGCUCUAUAUUUUCAAGGCAGCUCAAUCUGAUAGAUCUGACAGGGUUAAGUGUUUGUCUAAUGAAUUCAGAGUUCUUUAGGAUAUCGGUUAGCACUCAGCUAACGUGAAUGGCAACCAGCAAAAUAACAAUGGUGCUCAGUAGCAAUAGGACAAUUAGAAUGGAAACAAUAACCAUUCGAAUUUAUCUGAUGGAUAAACUAAUAUUGAAAAUGCUGCUUUGAAUUAAGGCAACUAAUAAUUUUAAUAGCAACAAAUUUUAGAGGAAGAAAACAUUGAUUAUCACCCUCAUAUUGUAAAGACUUAUGGAUAUCGCACUAACUUUCAUCAUGAAAAUAUAUUUUAUCACGUUUUGAUCCUUGAAUUCUGUCCUAAUGGUUCACUAAACAACGCUUUAGAUUCUAUGAAGGAAAUUUUUAAUCCUUUCUCAUGUGAUUAAUCUUUUUAAACUUUUGCUUUAGGCCCUUCAUCCGCUACUAAUUAAGUUCAAAAAUUGAUAAAUCAGUAUUGCAAAUACACCAGUCAGUCGCCUCAACCAAAAGAUAUUUAGCAACCUCAUUGUCAUUAAAAUCAUUACUAAAAUUUGACUCAAAGCAUACCAUAAGGUGUGUUUACUACAUUGAAUUUAUAGAUCCACAUUUAGGUGGUUCGUAAUUUAAUUAAAUAGCUCGUAUCAGCUAUUUCAUUCAUUCACUCAAGAGGAUAUUAUCACGGAGAUAUCAAAUUAGCUAAUAUUCUUUUAGAUAACGAAUUUAAUUUAAAAUUGGCUGAUUUUGGUACCACAUCUAAAAAUCAAAGUGCUCCAACUUCUGCUAAUAAAAGCAAUGCUCAAAGAGGCCUCUUGAAUAGUGGAGGUUGUAAAAUGCCAUAACCACAUAUCGCUCCAGAAGCUCAAAGAGAGGGCAAAUAUCAGAAAUAUGACGGUUAAAAAGCAGAUAUCUUUUCUUUGGGAGUUGUUUUAUUCUGUCUUGUAUUUAAUUAGUACCCGUUUAAUACUGCAGGAGCCUAAUCCUUUUAAAUGUCACAAUUUUCGCUCAAAAACGCAUGGAACUAAGUCUAGUGUAAAAUCAAUUAUUUGAUUAAUUAGCAUCCUUCUGAAGAUAUCCUCAAUCUCAUAGAUUUGCUCACUCAGAUGCUUGACGAAAACCCAUCAAAAAGACCUACAAUUUUUGAAGUUGAGGAAUCUAGCUGGAUGAAUUCAACUGAAGUGAUAUCGAUUCCAGAUGCGAUCAAGAAGGUUCAAGUUGCUUAGAAAUAAGAAAGUUAGAGAAUAUUAGAAGAACUCCAAAAUAAGCAAAAGCAGUAAAUAAAUUAAAAAACAAAUGCUCCAAAUAUCUCCUCUUAGUGCUAGAGUAAAACCGAUGACAGGAUUGAAAACGAAGAAGAAAAGCUUAACUCCUAAAACAGUAAUUCCGCUUAGAGUCAUAAAGAUAUACUAUCGAAAGAGCAUUAUCACAUUAGACUCUAAGAAGCGAAAGAGAGGUAAGAAAAGGAAAACUUGCACACUCAGCCCUAUUUAAAAGUCCAAGAAAAAGAAACAGCUUUGUCACUUCAAGAAAACUCUUCACUUUAAAAUUCAGGUGAGGCUGUGGAUUGA